UCUCCCGCUUCAGGAGUUGAGGGGUUUCUCUAACGUUUUCGAUAUUUCUCUCUCUAAAAUUCUUUUUUUCUUCUCUCUCUCUCUCUAACUUUAUUCGUUAGAAUCUCUCUCUAGCCAUGACGACAGAGAAGGAGAGAGAAAGCCAUGUUUACAUGGCCAAGCUCGCCGAGCAGGCCGAGCGAUAUGAUGAAAUGGUGGAAUCAAUGAAGAAAGUUGCGAAAUUAGAUUUGGAGUUGACAGUCGAGGAGAGGAACCUUCUGUCAGUGGGUUACAAGAAUGUUAUUGGUGCUCGUCGAGCCUCGUGGCGCAUCAUGUCUUCUAUAGAGCAGAAAGAGGAGACCAAGGGUAAUGAGCAGAAUGUCAAAAGGAUCAAGUCUUAUCGCCAAAAGGUUGAGGAAGAACUAUCCAAGAUCUGUUAUGAUAUCCUCACCAUUAUUGAUGAACACUUGAUCCCCUCUUCCGCGUCUGGAGAAUCAACUGUUUUCUAUUACAAAAUGAAGGGUGAUUAUUACCGUUAUCUAGCAGAGUUUAAGACAGACCACGAUAGGAAAGAAGCAGCGGAUCAGUCAUUGAGGGCCUAUCAGGCUGCUUCCAACACUGCAAACACUGACCUUGCAUCGACCCAUCCUAUUCGGCUUGGCCUGGCACUCAACUUUUCUGUUUUCUACUACGAAAUUAUGAAUUCUCCUGAGAGGGCCUGUCAUUUGGCCAAGCAAGCAUUCGACGAGGCCAUUGCAGAGCUAGACACUCUUAGUGAAGAAUCAUACAAGGACAGCACUUUGAUCAUGCAGUUGCUCAGGGAUAACCUCACUCUCUGGACUUCUGACCUUCCUGAAGGUGAAGGCGAAGAUGGAAUCAAGGCUGAAGAGGCCAAAGCUGAAGCUGAGCAUUGAUGGUGGUUCAGGCAGCAAAUGGAUAGUGGUUAUGCUGUGUGCAAAGCAAACUCUCUGUCUCUCUCUCUCUCUCUCUCUCUCGCUCUCUCUCUCCCCUAUGGCAUUUACAUAGUCUCGAGGUAAUUCAGUAGCUGGUUUUUAUGAAUGGCUUAAGGGUUUGACUUGAGGAACACCGUAUGUGUAGACCUGUCGAGUGAAGGUCUGUUUUUGUUUAAU